UGAAUGCUUCCCUUUUCACAGAGGAAGGGGUUGCACAGGGCGCGGCUUGCCUGGCUGUGUGGAAAUACUUUAGGAGACUGUACAUUUCCUACCUCACAUAUCUCUGGUUGAUACAUUUCCAAACAAAAUAUGGCAUCUGCAUGGGUUGGGACCAAAGGAACAGUUAAAGAUUUAUCAGGCUUCAGUGCAGGAAAAGAUGCUGAUGCUGUACGAAAGGCAAUAAAAGGACUUGGAACCGAUGAGGCUUCGCUUAUCAACAUACUGACUCAGAGGUCAAAUGCACAUAGGCAACUUAUUGCAAAGGAAUAUCAGGCAGCCUGUGGCAAGGAACUAAAAGAUGGUUUGAAAGGAGACCUUUCUGGACAAUUUGAACACAUUAUGGUUUCACUGAUACUGCCCCCAGCCGUUUUUGAUGCAAAGCAGAUAAAGAAAGCUAUGAAAGGGACAGGAACAUCAGAGCAAAUACUAAUUGAAAUUCUUGCAUCAAGAACCAGUAAGCAAAUAAAAGAAGUAGGAGAUGCCUACUACACAGCAUAUGGAAAAAGUCUUGGUGAUGAUAUCAGUUCAGAGACCUCUGGUGACUUCAGGAAAGCAUUGCUGUUCUUAGCCAAUGCAAGACGUGAGGAAGGUUCCAAAAUUGAUGAGAAUCUUGCUAAAAAGGAAGCAGAGAUCCUGUACAGUGCUGGGGAGAAAAAAUGGGGCACAGAUGAAGCCAAGUUUAUUGAAAUUCUCUGUGUAAGAAGUUUUCCACAACUGAGACUGACAUUUGAAGAAUACAAAAAUAUUAGCAAGAAAGCUAUUGAAGACAGCAUAGCUGGUGAGAUGAGUGGUCAUCUAGAGGACUUGCUUCUAGCAAUAGUUGAAUGUGCACAAAACACUCCGGCAUAUUUUGCCAAACGACUACACAAAGCUCUUAAGGGAGCAGGAACAGAUGAAUAUACUCUUACAAGAAUUAUGGUCUCUAGAUCAGAAAUCGAUCUUUUGGACAUCCGCACUGAAUAUAAGAAACUUGCUGGAUACUCUUUGUAUUCUGCAAUUAAGUCUGAUACAUCUGGAGAUUACGAGGCAACACUGCUAAAACUCUGCGGGGGUGAUGACUGAAAGGAUGUGAAAAAAACUAAGAUUAAAUCUGCUCAGUAUAUAUAUUUUUAACCUGUAUUUACAUCAUUUUUUCUCUUGAAGUUGAAAGAACACUGUUAUAGGUAACUGCAGCACAAUUGUUAUAUUAAUAAUAAAAAAAACUAUUUACUACGUUUCUAACAUCAAA